AUCAAAGGCUUGCCUGAGGGGUUUAAAUUUCCUAAAAUUGGUUCCAAUUAUUCCAUUCACACAGUGGAAAAAACAUGGAAAGCUCUGCAGGAUUUUCAGGAAGGAAAUGCCAUUUUCACUUUUCCAAAUACUCCAGUGAAAUGCGCAGGGGCGCCACAAAAGAUCAUGUAUCUGACAGAAGCGUACCUGAGAAAGACUGGAAAACGGUCCAAAGCCAAGAUCAUAUUCAACACUUCCCUCGGAGUGAUAUUUGGUGUUAAGAAGUAUGCUGAUGCUCUACUGGAGAUUAUCAAAGAAAGAGAUAUCGCCGUGAACUACAGAUGGAACCUUGUGGAAGUCCGAGCAGAUAAGCAGGAAGCCGUCUUUGAAAACCUGGACAAAGCUGGGGAAACGCAAGUUUAUCAG